GUGAAAUUUACACCUACGAUUGUACUUAUUAAUUGUUGUAUUUCACCAACCUCACUUCUUCACUUGGACAUAAAAACAAUGACAGAGUAGCCGCUUUCUUGGAUUGUAUCCAACGCCCAAUUACCAUUUCCUCAAAAUCAACGAAGUGUUUUCAAUUUUUCUCAAAUGGGUUUCUACGAAUUCCGUUUCUUUCAAAUGGGGUUCCUGUAGAUUUCAAGUUUGAGUUAAGAAUAUAUUGCCUCUAAGAAUGGCAGUCAAAGUUUCUUCAUCAUUUUCCUGCGUUUCCACAUCUUUCUUUGCUUCAUUCCCGUUCAGAAGAACUCUCCAGGUCAGCUUGCCUCCAAGAUUACAUGAUUGUAGGCAACUGAAAACCAAAGUUAAUACAAAUACAAGAUGUUCCAUAAACGGAAGGUUGAACAUGAACCAAAGGUUCCCAAAAAGACGCUUUAUAUUCUUUGCCUCUGUGGAGGAUCUGAUCUCAGGAAGCAAUGAUAUUGAUUCAGACGAUGGAACAGAUGAAGAAGAUGAUGAUCUUUUGAUUGAAGAUGAAGCAUCUAAAAGACUUGAAAGAAGUGGAGGAAAGCCGGGUCUUAUCUCCUUUUAUAACCACCCAUACAAAAAAAAUGAACCUGAAAUUCUUGUAUCCACACCCACAAUCUCAACUUCGGGUCAAACAAAACUCUACUGGUUUGUGGGUCCCGCUGUUCUUGUAGCCUCUUUCAUUUUCCCAUCUCUUUAUAUGCGAAAGAUCCUGUCUACUGUUUUUGAGGACUCUCUGUUGACAGAUUUCCUUAUAUUAUUCUUCACGGAAGCUCUAUUCUAUUGUGGGGUAGCCGUAUUCCUUUUGAUAGUGGACAAUUUACGCAGGCCUACCGAGCCAAUGAACGCCAAAAACCGUGUGAUUCCACCUCCUCAAUUGGUUUACAGAAUCACUUCAGUGGCUGCAUUGGUACUCAGUCUCAUGAUUCCAAUGGUCACAAUGGGUUUAGUUUGGCCGUGGACAGGUCCAGCGGCUUCCGCUACACUUGCGCCCUAUCUUGUUGGCAUUGUUGUGCAGUUUGCAUUCGAACAGUAUGCAAGAUACAUCAAGUCACCUUCAUGGCCUCUCAUUCCCGUUAUCUUUCAAGUGUAUAGAUUGCAUCAGUUGAAUCGUGCAGCACAGCUUGUGACUGCAUUGUCCUUGACUGUUAUAAGGGCUGAGUCAACACCACAUAAUUUGGCUAUAAAUGGUUCGUUGGGUAUGCUGUUGAAUGUUCUUCAGUGCCUUGGGGUGAUUUGCAUAUGGUCUCUUUCCAGCUUUCUUAUGCGGUUUUUACCUUCUGCUACUAUAACUGAACAAAACCCUAAUCCCUAUUUGGAAGUGACAGCGAUUUUAUGCGACGAGGGCGGUCGAAAUGGAUCAUUUGUUGAACUACGGCUUCAUAACUAUCGUCGGAUUUUAUGGAGGCGACUGAAUACCCAAGUGAAUGUGAAGCUGAUACGAGAAGGAGCAUUAAUUCAAGAUAAAAGUUGGAAGACUUGUGGCUUACGUAGGCUGUAUUCCUACUAGUUACUCCGGAUCCAAUAUUUUUGAAGUCUUUAGAAACUGCAAAAUUUGUUUUGUAAAUAUGAAAGAAACAACGUUGGGCUGUAUAGUUGGAAUAUAUAUGCAAACAUUUUAUUGCUAGGGGCCAAGUGUUUUGUAAAUAUGAAACAAUCAAUCCUUAAAGUCUUUUAAGAACCGCAAUCAUUUUUGUUAUAAAGUUUUACUUGUAAGAAUGA